AUGUCUGUCGACAAGAAAUCUCCACCAAAGGAAGAAAGUGAGGAGUCCAUGGGGUCGAGCCCCGAGGGUGAGGCUCCUGCUCAACCCCCUGCGUCGGCAGCACCUGCUGCUUCAUCGACGCCGGCGGCAUCUAAUGAUAAUAAUGCUAGUGGUGCUGGUGUUUCUGCACAGCAACCUGAGAAUCAGCAGCCGAAGCGGAAAGGCGGUCGCAAGCCGAUCUAUGCGACUUCCGAAGAGAGAAAGCAGAGAAACCGUCAGGCCCAAGCAGCUUUUCGGGAACGUCGCACCGAGUACAUCAAGCAGCUUGAGGAGGCCAUCAGGACUCAUGAGCAGAACCUGGCCAACCUUCAGGCGGCUCAUCGCCAUGCGGCCGAUGAGUGUUUGAUGCUGCGGUACAAAAACUCGUUGUUGGAACGUAUCGAUGUACAAGCAGAGCUUCGGGCCAAAACUGGCAGCCCGAAUCUUGGGCCAACGCAUAUUCCUCAGCCUACUAUCGUGCAGCCGCCUCCCAUCCAGAGGCCAAUUAUCAAUAGACACCACCCACGCAGAUCAAACUCUGGCAUCGCCCCGAAGAUUGAGCCAGGAAUCAAUGUAACGCCACUACCUCCUCCGCUUCAACCACACUCGGCCUUGUCGCCAACGAACCGGCCCACGCCCUCUUCUCAUUCGGCUUCGCCACCUGGAACAGCGUCGUUCGGCUCUCAGCAUGCUCCGUCUCCUGCCGGAUCCGAUCAUCUGAACCCGUCCAUGCGGCCCACGCCACCAUCCGGUCCGGUAAUGAAGGCAACCCCUCCACAAAUGGGUCCGCCGGUGCAUGGGCUUCCAACACCGCGGUCCAUGCACCAGCCGAUUGGGGGACUACAGCAUAGCGUCAACAACCAGCCGCGGCCCAGUGAAUACGAUGCUGCAGCUGACAUGAUCGACGACACCGCCGACACACCCGACACACCAAGCGGACCUGGCCCUUAUCCGGGACCCCCGUACCCCGGAGACCCGCAACCAAUGUCCCUAUCAUCACCGGUUACGACAGGACCACCUGGCAGCCAGCCCAUGGCUGGACAGUCCCCGAUGGACUCAAGCGUCGCCCAUGGUCAGCACGGCACGUAUCCAUCGAUGACUCAGCUGCUCGACACCAGCUAUGACUUCGAUCCUUUUGGUCUCAGCGCAAGCAUGGCCUUCCCAACCCAGUUUUCAUUCGAUACCAGCAACAUGCGAUAA